GGACAGGAGGUUUUGUCCCACACAGCCCUUCCAAAAACUGGGCUGUCUGGGUCAAAACUGGACAGGUAACAACACUGUGUACACUGUGACCUAAAAUGGAAGUCAUUUUUGUACGAUUGGUGUGUGCCAUUCAGAAUAUCUGCCAUGUUUAGAACAUCCUCAGUUCCUCAGACUAUGUUUCAGAUUGUUUAUCGGAAGACUUAAAUCUAAAUGUGUACGGCCACCUUAAAUUGUUGGGACCAGAAAGUAAAACAGGCAGAGGCACUGUCACCAGCCUUACAGAAGGGAAAGCUGCAGAGAGACGCAGUCGGGAGAUUGUCGCGUCUAAAAAAGGACUAUCAAAUCCCAGUUAAAUGAGCUACCCAGGAUACCCGGGUGGGUUUCCACCAGUGCCCACAGGUAGUAACCCAUGGGGAGCUCCUGCUAACCCUCCUCCUAUUGGGCUGGAUAACAUGUCAAACUUUUCUCAGCAAUACAACCCCCAACAGUACAUGACCUCAGGGUUCCCGCCAGCUGGGUUUGGAGGAAUGGACCAACAACAGGGGAUGUACCCUCAAGCUCCAGGUGGCUACCCAGCACCUCCAGGUGGAUAUGGAGCACCACCAAUGCCUGGGCAACCUCAGGUUCCUUCCUAUGGCAUGUAUCCUCCUCCAGGAGCAGGCCAACAGCCAGGAAUGCCUGGGUAUAACACAGGAUACCCAGCGGCACCUCUGCCAGGCCAACCCAUGCCAACACCUGGCCAGCCCCAAAUGCCCAUGCCUGGACAACCCCCAAUGAACUAUCCUGGACAGCAGCCUACACCAAGUUAUCCUCAAGGCCCAGCAAUGAAUCCAUCUUACCCAUCUCCUGGGAUGCCACCUUCAACAACCCCUACUGUCAUACCUUCAUAUGGAAAGGUAACACGAGGAACCAUCACAGAUGCAGCAAACUUUGAUGCAUUGAGAGAUGCUGAGGUGCUCAGGAAGGCCAUGAAAGGCUUUGGAACUGACGAGCAGGCCAUUAUUGAAUGCCUGGGGAGUAGGUCUAACAAACAAAGGCAACAGAUCAGCCUCUCUUUUAAAACUGCUUAUGGAAAGGAUUUGAUAAAAGAUUUAAAGUCUGAGCUUUCUGGGAAUUUUGAGAAGACAAUCCUGGCAAUGAUGAAAACUCCAACUCUUUAUGAUGCGCAUGAGAUACAUGAGGCAAUUAAGGGAGCUGGCACAGAUGAAGAAUGUCUCAUUGAGAUUCUGGCUUCUAGGAGUAAUGCUGCAGUACAUGAAAUCUGUAAUGCAUACAAAACAGAAUAUAAGAAAACUUUGGAACAAGCUAUUAAAAGUGACACUUCUGGUCACUUCCUACGGCUGCUGGUUUCACUGGCUCAGGGAAAUCGAGAUGAAAGCAACAACGUAGACAUGGCAUUAGUCCAACGGGAUGUGCAGGAGCUGUAUGCUGCUGGAGAGAAUCGUCUGGGGACAGACGAGUCCAAAUUUAAUGCCAUCCUAUGUACUCGAAGCAGAGCACACCUUAAUGCAGUAUUUUCUGAAUACCAGCGAAUGUGUAAUCGAGACAUUGAGAAAAGCAUCUGUCGUGAGAUGUCUGGGAACCUUGAAAAUGGCAUGUUGGCAGUGGUAAAAUGCCUAAAAAAUACUCCUGCCUUCUUCGCUGAGCGUCUCUACAAAUCAAUGAAGGGUGCUGGCACAAAGGACAAGACUCUGAUCCGCAUCAUGGUGUCCCGUAGUGAGGUAGACUUGUUGGAUAUCCGUUCAGAAUAUAAAAGAAUGUAUGGAAGAUCCCUUUACACAGAUAUCACGGGAGACACGUCUGGUGACUACAGGAAGAUUCUGCUGAAACUCUGUGGGGGAAAUGACUAAAUAUUUGUUAACUCUCUUUUACAAUCCUUGUUCUUUUUUGUUUUAACUGGGGAAUAUCAGUGGGUGUAUUGACAGUCAGUCAGAAUUUAGAUUUUUAUGGGCAUACAACUCCAUUCUGGGCUACAGUAUAAUCCUAUGCAAUAUCGCUGUAGCUAGUCCAGAGUGUAAAAUAAAGUGGUUGCAAUUCUAUUUGCCUAGGGGCUCAGAAACUAUGCCAGUAAAUUCCACUAGAUUUUUCAUGUAUGUGAACAUACAUGUACAACUAUGAAGUUGGCAAGCGGUGAUGUGAUGUGGUACCCAAUACAUUUACAGGGUGAGGAAUGGGCUGAUUAGUUGCAUGAAGUGAACUUGUUAAGAAAAGUGGGGUGCCACUGCAGGAAACUUCAGGAAAGAGUAGGAAUUACAAAUUUACUGACAAUAACAUUGCUGGUAAAUUUUUAAUGUCACCGCUGCCCUAUCAGGUGAUUUUACAGGCUAGGCCUGUAUGUAAAGCACUGCUAGUCAGAAACCCUAGUAGCAUAGUGUACAAUUCUCAUAUUAUGUCAAACAUGGUGUCAUUUUACACCACUUUUCAUGCCAACUGUUGCUGAAUUUGUCUCAUUGACUUCAGUGGGUUACAUGAGGUCCAGACUAGUGCAAAGCAAUUGUUAUUUUAUAAAGGCAAUUAGCUUUUUGUAAUGGAUUAUUUCUGUAAUCCAGAUGCAUGCUGUUUGUUCACGUCUAACAACUGUGCUUAAUAAAUACACCAUUUGUUUUACACAAA